CACAACCUUUGCUGCGACAACUGUCACUCCCAUGUUGCCAUGGCGCUGAAUCUGAUGCGGUAUGAAAACAGCACGACGUGGAACAUGAUCAAACUUUGCCUUCUCGUUCUAAUCCACGGAAAGCACGUGAGUGGAAGAAUCCUGCAGGAUGGAAGGUGAAACAUCUUCAAACCUAGAAAUUCCAGCCUCCUCAGAUCAAGGGGAAUAAUCCCUGACAUCACAUCACCUGAUCCCUAUUAGAUGUCACUGUUAAUCUCAUUGGAUGAGAUAAAGGCAUCCUCCUAUCCAUACAAUUUUUUUUUAUCAUCCCUAGUUUUAUCAUGCUCUCUCUCCCUCUCUCUAUGUGUCUUUUCCACUCUCUGGAAGGAAGGAAGUUGCCGUGGACCAGGACGGGGUCGGGGCCGUGGGCAGCAGGACAGAAGCCCCUCCCCGCAGGAUCACUUCACUUGCCCUUUUAACUUCAUUGUUGGAGAAGUAGAGACGCCCCAUUUUGCCACGGCUUUAAAAAAGGAUCAAGCAGUCAUCGACCCCCUCUGAUCAGCACGACUCCCUUGUCCUGUUCUCAUGGAAAUCAGAGCCCCCCUCCCGGCGACGCUUCUCUCUGCACACAUGUAAAAGUUGAAGCGCAUUCCCAGCCGGGGCAGCAGACACUGGGGAUGAGGAUGUCGGUGGUUCGGCGGGUGUCCUGGAGGAGCUGAUCGUCUCGUUGAGGUUGUCCUAACUUUAUCCCCGCCCCUGCGUGCUUCGUCUUGGUUCGUAUUGCCCGCUGCUGCAAGCUCAUCUUGGAGUAAAGACAUCACUCUUCUCCUCCAACAUGCUGGAUCUGCGGCGCGCUCUUCUUCUUCUUUCUCUUCUUCUUCUUUCGCUCCUCUGCUGCUCCGUCCGUGCGUCAUGCCCUGCGCGAUGCGAGUGUUCGGAGGCGGCCCACACCGUGAAGUGCGUCUCCAAAGACCUGCGAACUAUUCCGAUCGGGAUCCCCGGGUACACCAGGAAUCUCUUCAUCACCGGGAAUCAGAUCAGCCGGAUUGGACCGUCGUCCUUCAGAGGACUGGAGAAUGUGACCAACUUGUCUCUGAGCAAUAACAGAAUUUCUGAAGUCGAGUCCCACACGUUCACCGAGCUCCGCAGCCUUCGCUCUCUGGAUUUAAGUAACAACCAGCUGGCGGUCAUCCACCCCGAGGCCUUCACCGUGUCGAACCAGUCGCUGCGGGAACUCAACCUGAGCAGAGCCCUGUACAACCACUCGUCGGUGACGGACCUGGCCACGUCUUUCCGCUGGAGCUCCCUGGCGUCGUUGCAGGGCCUGGACCUGUCUGACAACAACCUCAUCUUCUUACCCUCGCGCAUCUUCUCCCACCUGACCAGCCUGCGGAGGCUGCAGCUCUCCAACAACUCCUUGGUGGCCCUCCACAACUCCACCUUCUCAGGCCUGGAAGGCCUGGAGGAGCUGGACCUGACGCUCAAUUCACUGAAGACGGUGCCGGAGGAAGGCCUGCGAGAGCUGGACUCCCUGCCCGAUGCCACGCUGCUGCUGGGCGAAAACCCCUUCACGUGCACGUGCGGAAUUGAACCGUUCGCCAUGUGGCUCAACAGAUCACAGGGACGCAUUAGAAACGCCGAGAGUCUCGUGUGCUCCUUCCCGCCAAACAUGAGAAACACAUCUUUACUUGCGGCGGGCACACUGACUCUGGGGUGCCACCAGAGGAGCGCGGGGGCAGACCUGGCCCUGCAGACCUCGUACGUCUUCCUAGGGAUAGUCCUGGGUUUCAUCGGCCUCAUCUUCCUGUUCGUACUCUAUUUAAACCGAAAGGGCAUCAAGAAGCGGAUCUACGACAUGCGGGACGCCUGCAGGGAGGUGUGGGAGGGCUACCACUACCGCUUCGAGAUCGACUCCGACCCCAGGGUCUCACAGAUCUCCACAGGAGCCGACGCAUGAGACGGAGAAGACGAUCGCCCGCGCUGAUUUUCUUAUGACUCUUUUUUCCAAUGCAUUUAUCGAACAAAGAUGUAAAAUAUUGUAUAAAAAAAAACAAAACAUAUUGUAAAUACAUUAAAUCCAACGUGUUAACUGAGCCUGGAUUGGAGCAUGUACUGUCCAUCGGUCUUCACGGAAAACAAUCUUUUUACCGACAAACGCGUUUCCGAUACAGUUGUUGGGUGUUUGUUUUCCUGCUUUCACAUUCACUUAAAACAGCAAGUGCCUACCAUCCAGAAGAGUUCUGUUUACCGAUCAAUGCACGUCCCUUUAGCCGUCAGCGUCAGAUCUCCAGAACCACAAAAAAAGGCCACAAUCCAAACCCAACACUUGGAAAACAAACCUUUGUGAGUUUCUCACUCGACCAUUCAUACGUCUUUGAACAGUUUCAGCCCCUUUGGCCUUCUGGUCCUUCAGCCCCAGGGUGCCCGAGAGGAAUUAGGCCUCCAAAGGCCAGACCAAAGCUCUGGGCUGAAAUCACCGCUCUGUUUUUCUUUGGCUCUUGCGUUGAGAAGGGGGUAAAUUCAGCACAGACCGUAGCGGAAAUCUCCCAUUGGCUCCCCUCUUGAUUUUUUUUUUUUUUCGUCAUGAAACAUUGCUUUGUUUCAACUCUGUGAGUUUUAUUGUCAGAAUGAUGAGAACCAGUCUAGGGCUGAGGCUGCUGAGAGUAAUCUGCCCCCCCUCCCUCCCUCUCCCUCUCUCUCUCUCUCUCCCCCUCCCUUCCUCCCUCCAUCCUGCAAGACAACAGCCGCUCUGGAGGCGCUUUGAAGGAAAAGUCUGGCUCUCCACCUUUUUCCAAUGAUAAGAUACAGAUGAUUCCGAAACGCCAGUGACAUAGUAUCAUUCAGACGUUUGCUCCGCCCACUUGAACCGUCUUUUCCUAUGUGCAUGGGAAAAAAAAAAUCAAACAUUUCAAAGUCUUUUACUAACUAAUCCUACAUUCGGGUCUCUGUUCUGAAACGACAUAUGUGUCACCCGUCUCGCCCGGAUGUCACUGUGACAACAGCAACUCUCUGCGGCCUUUUGAUGCUACAGAGUGAGUGGAGCGCAGGCUCACAGACGGGGUGGCAGGCUGCCAUUUUUCAGAGUGUUUAUUGGCCAAUUUCUAGCUACAGCCCUGUAAGUAUUUAAAGAACUUACAGGGGACGACUGAAGCAGCGUCACGUGAUCCGACACCAAGAUGUUCUGCAACUUCUUGCAACACAGAACUGGGAUUUGUUUUAUAUAUAUAUAUAAAUAUUAAACAGUUGUCAUGCAUUAUAAAGCCUUUAGAACCCGUUGCCGUGUUCUUGUGUGUCGUGGAAAAAUAGAAACGUAGGAUAGAAACUGCGGCUCCUCCGUUCUGCAGAACCACAUUAAACAUGACAUUUACUCACUUAGGAGAAAACAAUUGAGGCUCGUACGCAGACACAAAGGACCGCAUGGAUGGCGAAACGCCUCAGAUAAGCUUUGUUUCCCAGUCGCAUUGUGAUACUCACACUCUGGCUGUUUUCACAGAGGGCCAUUAUGCCGCCACAUAAUGGGAUUCACUCACGAUGACAAAGCCGAGCGCUUUGAUCCGGCUACUGUCAAAGUAUCAUCAAUCUUAAUAUUUGCCUGUGGCAGAAAAAAAGAUAGAGAGAGAUUCUCUGAGAUGUUUUCACUCGCUGUUACACAACGUGCCACAACCGUCGGCGUUAAGUCGGCCACGGGUUAUUGGUGUCACCCGGUGGAGCAGACAGAAGAAUGAUUACUUCCUGCGUGUCAUUACUUCCCUUUUCUCUCAUUAGAGUGUGGAUUAUGAGCUGUGCCCUCUCUUUGUGUUUUUAUGAGCGCGUCUGUUUGAAAAAAUAUAUGGUCGGCUCGCUAACGUCGGUGCGAGGCAGUCCCAGCAGGAAAGCAAUGAAAGGAGAGGAACCCAACUAGCAUACCCAGACGUCCUCCAUUAGCAAAAUCUGCGAAAGAGAGCCUUGUUAAAAACUGAAAAUAUGCAGUUUUUAUGUUUUUGUUGUUUGUUUGUUUUUUUAAACUGUAUGUUGCGCAUAUAUCUAAUUAAAAGAUCGUGUCUUUUUCUCUCA